UAACAUUUCGAUAAUAUGUUAGGUUAACAGGGGAAAGAGACACGAAAAUUAAUGGCGGGAGUUAUAUGGCGUGGGCCAAUCUCUCAAUAACCGGCAGAAGUUUGCAAGUUCUUGUGUGGCUAAGCGGCCCAAAUAAUAAAUUGAUUGUAAAAAUAUAUUAUUAGUUGGAUUAUUUAUAAAGGAAAGCAUAGCAAAAUGAAUAGCACAGCGCCGCCACCCGACGUUCUACAGACAGCGGGAAAUAUGCUCGAGAGUCACGACUUUCGAGACAGACACAAGCCGGAACUUUUAGAGUUAACCGGCAUCAGUCAGCAUGGGAGGGCAACAAUGAGCGGCCUCAAUGAUUACGAUUACCUGUCGCUGGCACAACUGACCUCCUGUGACACACAUAACCUACAACAGCUGCGAACGCUCACAAGAUCCGGAAUACCCAAUGAGGUCCUUGAGCACUUUGAGCAUAUUAAAUGCCAUUGCACAAUGGGUCUGUUUCCAGAAAUAGGCCGUGCCUGGCUGGCAGUUGAUUCCGAUCUAUACAUAUGGACAUAUGAGCAUGCCCGAGACGUUGCCUACUACGAUGGCUUGAGCCACGUAAUUGUAAGCGUUGGCCUGGUCAAACCAAGACCAGGCGUCUUAGUCGAUGCCGUCAAGCAUCUGCUAUUUCUGUCCACACCCAUUGAAGUGAUCGUUUUGGGCGUAACAUUUGGCGAUCAGAAUGAUCCCAGAGAUCUAUCAUCGAGUGCCAAUGGAAUACAGCUGAUGAGGAAGCCUCUAUUCGUACUUGGCACAGAUAAUGGCCCCAUUCAUGUCAUUCAGGGCAGCGACGAUGGACGCAUUUUCUUGGGCGGUCGCGAUGGUUGUCUAUACGAGUUCGAUUAUCAUUCGGAGUCGAGCUGGUUUGGCAAGCGAUGUAAAAAGAUCAACCAUUCGCAAGGACUCGCUUCCUAUAUAGUGCCAAGUUUUUUGAAAGUAUUUUCAGAAGUGGAUCCCAUUGCGAAAAUUGUUAUUGACAAUAGCCGGAAACUGCUUUAUGUGCUGACCGAGAAGAGUUCGAUCGAAGCCUGGUACAUUGGCGCCAACCCCUCAGAUGUGCGAAGGCUGGGCAAGAUUACACAAAAUGAUAUUGCCGCUCAAGCAAUCAGCCUGAUCAAGACCGUGGAUCCGUCCAUUUUCAAGAGCGUGAAAGCCAUAUGUCCACUGAAAACGGACGAUUCCCACUUCUUACACCUUGUCGCCGUGACGCAGUGCGGCGUGCGCCUUUAUUUCUCUACGGCGAGAUUAAAUGUGCAGCAGCAGCAGCUAAAUUGUAUGCCAGACAACUUUGGCGUUAGUCAGCCAAAUGCGGCGCUGCCAAUGAUGCAAACGCCUGCGGAAACAUCAAGAGGUAUCUUUCUGCUGCAUGUCAGACUGCCGCCUGGUUAUACGCCAAAUGCAACUACCAAUAAACCGAAGCAGGUGCAUUCUGCCUACCACAAUGAUAGCACCAUGCUUAUGGUCACCACACAGCAACAGGAACAGGAUUUACUCUGGUCAAUUAGCUCGGCGCCGUUUACAAACUGUACAUACCUCGUCGAAUCGACGGCCUUGGAGGGUCUCGAUGGCAUCGUUUGGAGCAUGGCGGAAGUGAAUGAUCCCAUCGUGCCAAAGACCACAUCAAUGCUAUACAAUGCACGCACUCCGCGAAAAAUUGUGCUGCUCACGAAUCAGGGAACGCAUAUUGUCGAGCUGUUCAAGUCGGCCCAAAUACUGCAGCAGGUGCUGCUGGCGUGCAAGGGUCCCCAUCAUGCGGCCGUAAAAAUGUUCUUUCAAACACAAACGGAGCGCGAGGCUUGUGUCACUGCCCUGCUCUUGGCCACCUCGGAUGAGUUUCGUGGCAGCGAAAUUGCCUUGUGGGCCACCCAAGCAUUCAUGUUGUACGGCGGCGAGCCGUGUUAUCAACAUUUUAUGAAUGCCAGCAAUCGUAACCUGCACAACACAACCGUGGCCUCAUUGCCGCCCAUGUACAUGUCCACACCCAUGCCGAAUACAGCCAAUAUGGGAUCGAUGAGUUCACCAUACAAUCAGCAAAUAAGUCCAAUUGCACAAUCACAAAAACAACACCAACAACAACACCAGCAACAACCACAACACUCCUCAUUGCAGAGUAAUGAAAAUAUCCCAAUUAUAUAUUCAGCCAAACAUGAUGGCCUGUAUAUGUAUGUCUCCCGCAUGCUGCGCUCCAUUUGGCAAUCGCACUGUGUCGAUGAGAAAAUGUGCUCCAAGCUCACAUAUAGCGAUUGCACCAUGCUUUUGGCAGAGCUGCGCUCCUUGCGCUCCUUUCUGGACAAGAAUUCGGUGCACGAUCUGUCGGCUACAGGACGUAUGCCGUAUGAUGGUCAUUUGGGCAGAUCGACUGCUGUGUUUAUGAACAACACUCAAAUGACACAAAACGAACAGCGCAAUCUGACGGAACAGGCACAAAUCGAGGAGAAGCGUUCGCUAUCUGCACUGAAUCAGUUUAUUAAACAUGCCUGUGAGGUGAUGUCGCUGUGGAGUAUCCUCAUUAAUCAUCAGUUUCCUGUGCUCGGCCAGCAGUUGUCCGUUGAGCAUCAGAAAAUGCUGCGCUGCUGCACAUUUCGAGAUCUGCUUAUAACGCGCUCGGAGGUGUGUGCUUUUCUCAUCAUUGCACUGAUUAACCUGUAUCUCAAGGAUAAGGCGGAGGUGACCGAGGUGUCGGAUAGCUUACGUGAAUUGUGCCCCAAUCUAUAUAGACACGAGGAUGAAGUGACCUACAAGGCCACCGAAAUACUGAUGAGCGUCAAGAAUUGUAAAUCAGCCAUCGAAAAGCAACAAAAACUCAGCACAACCCUGCAAAUGUGUCUAAAUGCAGCACCCCAUCUGCCACUGCAUAGUAUUUGUCAGCAGUUCAUUUCUGUGGAGUUUUACGAGGGUGUCGUUGAGCUAUCUGCAACGUGUGCCUCGAAAAUGGAUCAAGAGGAAAUUGGCAUACAUUAUUACAACAACAAUGAGCCGGCCGAAGAUCGCGAGGGAUACACUUGCUUUGUCACACGCAUGAACUACUACAAGGAGGUGCAACUAAUGCUCGACUAUGUCUACCACGUCGUUCGCAGCAGCAAUCCCGAACAGACUCAGAAUCGUUCAUUCUACAUGAAUAACGAUGCUGCUGCUGCUGAUGUCCAGGAUAAUCACGAUAUGGAGAACCGAUCGAAACAGAUCAUUAAGAAGAUAACAAGCCAAGCGCUGCGGCUGAAGGAUCCACUUAUCCAUGUGACCAUCUACGAGUGGCUGCUGUCGCAUAACAUGAAAACCGAAUUGUUAGAUAUAUUUGAGCCAUCGUUGGGCGAGUUUUUGCGGCGCAGUGUUAGCCGGAAUCCGGAGAAUGUCAAAUUGAUUGAUUUACUUUGGAAGUAUUACGAGAAGAACGGUCAUCAUCAUCAGGCUGCCCAGAUUCUCGACAAUUUGGCAAUGACACGCAGCGAGAAUAUAUCGCUGGAUGUGCGCAUCGACUAUUUGGUGCGUGCCAUUAUGUGCAUGCGUAAUGAGAAGGUCGGAUCGUCCAUUACCAAUGGUAUAUUCCUAAAGGAGCUAGAGGAUAAGUUGGAAAUAGCACGAGUACAGAAAUCAGUGCUGGAGGCAAUGUGCAUCCUGGCAAAUACAAAUCCGGAAACGAGACAGACCAUUAAGGAAUUGAAUUAUGCGCUAUAUGAUAUUACACAGUUGUAUCAGAACUUUGCGGAUCCGUUCGAGCUGUGGGAAUGCCAGCUGUCGAUACUCAAUUGUUCCAAUCACAACGAUCCGUUGUUGAUCGAGUCCGUUUGGGGUAAUAUCAUCAAUAAUGCUGUGGAUGGGCCCGGUUCGGCCCAGGAGCGCAGCAUAAGGCUUUUUUCAAAAAUUGAGCUUUUGGUGCGAGAAUUUGGCGAAUCGGGUCCGUGCUUUCCAUUUUCGUUUCUCAUCCGAGAGCUGGAGAUAAAAGCAUGUCAAUUGCAUUUACCAGAAGGAACAGUGCCCGAGAAGCUGUUCGAAAUGAAACUGGACAUUGAGCUGCUCCUGGAAUACUACUCAAGAAUGAUCUCAAUGAACGAGCGCAUUUGGGCAAACGAGGGCAACGAGUGGCACUUGAUACAGUCGGCUAUACGGGUCGUCACACUUCUGGCUGAUAAUGCUCCGGCUAUUUGGUAUCGGUCCAAGCGACGAAUACUGGGCAAGGCACAGGACAUUGUUGCGGCAUGUUUGAAUAUUUGCUAUCAGAAACCAGACACGAAUCGCCUACAGCACUCCCUAAAGGAGCUUCAGUGCCGUUUGCAACGGCUUUUAGGUUAAUAUAGAUAUAUAUAUAUAUACAUUUAUCGCAACUAUUUGUUCUAUUCUAUUUGGAGCACACAACACUUUUAUAGCUGUUAAGUUUGACUGAGAUGUAAAAAUGGUGUACGUGUUGACUUAUUGAAAUAUUUGUUAAUGUCUUACAAACUGAGCAACAGGCGACAAAUAAAUUAUGAUGUGUCCAUCGAGAUUA